UCGCCGGUUACCAGUGCUGUGCGAUCAGCCUCGGCGCGUGGUACAUGCGCUCAUAAUGUUCUUCGCUAACACUAAGACUUGUUUAUCGCUAAUUGUACAAACAUGCAAGUUUAUUUUCGGUGACGUUGUGUGAAAUUGAUUUAUGGAAAUAAUGUAUUGGUGGAAAAUCGGUACUGCCUUUUGUUCCUCACAUGUUACACAGGUGAAUUAUGUAGAGAGAUAAUUUUGCUUAAAAAACAUAAAUUGAGUUAAACAGAACAUGUGUGAUGAUAACCAUAACAUAAUAUGUGAAUACAACGGGAAACGGAUAAAGUGUUCCGCACACUUAUUCAUAAUAGUAAAUAUAGAUUUCCUUACAAAUGUAACGAUGGUGUAAUAGAGUUUCAUUGUGAUGAUAUGUUUUGUGGUAUUAAAGAUGAAGUUCUUAAAUAUACUCGAGUGAAUGUGCGAACCUUAAGGGUGUAGAAAUGGAGGGUGCGAUCUUAAGUGUGUCUGGUAACAACAGCAGGUUCAGGACCCAUUUAAAGAAUGCAGCGAGUGCAAUAUGCGCAAGAACUUUGCCGAAGCAAAGACGUACUACAGAUGCCAGUACGACGAGUGACUCCCGACAUCACACGUAUCCGCGCAUCACGCCUCCUAAGCGAACGGCAAUCACGUGUCGCAUGGAAUCCGUUAUGUGUCCAGCGCCGCCAUGUGUCGCCGCGACGUUCGAGCAGUCGGAUCCACCUCGGGACAUCAUCGAUGCUCACAAGUCGAAUAAGCAAAAUGGAAUGAUCAAAUUGAAAGGCACUUUGGCAAGGGAGGUUGCGAGCGCUUGGGAGUGCCGCGUGGGGCCUCCCGAUCAUCCAGCAUCUGCCGAUCGCAUCCAGAGCCUAUUCAACGACAUCGAAUUGUAUCCCACUAAGACACAGGUAUUCGAGAUGCUGGUAUGCGCACGACAGUGUGCGCGUCGCAAAUCGCUCACUCUCACAUUCGGAGAAUUCUGCGUGUUUGCAGCUGAGCUACGCCGGUGCUCAAGGCAAGCGAGGCAGGUGUCCAGCAAGCCGGAAUCACCUCAAUGGAACAUUGAAAAGGAACUCGUCGAGCUGAGGGAUAAAGAUGCGAUAUGUAAACACGUGAACGGUAGCGAGCCGUCGCCUCCGCCAUGCGAAGUAUUCCUCGGCGGUUCCUGCAACCCGACUACUUGGAGAUCGGACAUUGCUAUUCCGAUGCUAAAGAAGAUGGGAAUAACGUAUUUCAAUCCGCAAGUGGAAGAUUGGUCCACGGAGCUAAUAGAGGUCGAGCAUCGCGCUAAAGCGGCGGCUCGAGCACUUCUCUUCGUUUUGGACAGCGAGACGAGAGCGGUCGCCGCCAGCGUCGAGGCCGCGCACCUCGCAGCUGCACCGCGCGACUUGCUGCUCGUACUGCGCCCGUAUACCCGCCGACAGAACAUCGGCAACGAGACGAUAUCUGAUCACGAGUACGUGGAGUUGUCGCGAGCGAGAGCCACUUUGCAAGAAGCGGUGGAACGUCGCGGUCUGCCCGCGUUCACCGACAUCCCGGCCGCGUUAAAGUGCGCCGGGACCGUGCUGCGCGGAGCUAGGACGCACCCGCGACAGUCGCUCGGUCACACGAUCCUUCGGUUGAAACGCGCCUACGAUGCAGCCGGUGGGCGAAACGGUCGGUUACCUCGCACCAGAGCGAUCGACGCCCUCAAGGAAGUGACGAGAACGUCGAAAGAGAACGCGGAACGGAGCCUGCCCGCCGCAGACUUUGUCGACUUUGAAACGUUUUGCGCGGCCGUCGCCGAACUCGCAACCGACGCAGGUGUGUCAUCUCCGAGCGCGGAGAUGGCGGGCGCGGGCGUGGGGGCGCGGGUGCGGCGCGCGUUCCGUUCCCUCCGCGAGUUGUUCGCCCCCUCCCCAGCCGAAUGGCAAAAUCGGAACGGCACGGAGAGUUCUGAAGGUGGUGCAGAAACGAGAGGCGACCGUGGUGAAGCGCCCCGGGACAACACCGUGCGACACGUUUACAACGCCAGACUAAGAGCGUACGGGAGGAAGCUUGGACUUUUCAUUCCUAAGAAUGGCGGGAACAGGACAGGUAGAGAGAGCGCGGGCGCGGGCUCGGCGGAGAGCGGCGACAGCGUGUUCACGCCGGGCACCGAGCGACGCCUCGAGAGGCUGCCCGCCAUGCUCGGCGCGCCCACGCACGACGUCUACCUCUGCGGCACCUUCCCGAGCGACACAACGCGGCCGGAAGAAAUAUUACGGCGCGAAGGAGUCUCGUACGUGAUUCCGCGCGCGAACGAUUACACGCGCAUGUUCUCGUCGGCGGGACGACGUGCGGCGCCCGAGCCCGCAGAGUCGCCGCGCCGCGACAAGUACGCGCGCGCCGCCGGUGACGUCACACUGCGGGACCACGCCGGCGCCGACGUCACGCUGCGGGAUCGCACACUCGGUGACGUCACGCUGCGAGACCGCGCCACUACCGACCGCACAGACAGACUCAGCGCCUCUGACUACUAUACCGUCUCCGAGGAUGUCACGCCCCAACCCUUUAAAGGUACAUACGACGAGGAUCUGUUGCUGGGCUCGCGCGUGCUCGUGUUCUGCAUGAGCGCCGACGCGCCUUGCUUCGCGGCGAUGGUGCUGGCCGCGCACUACAUGGGGCUGCGGCCCGCCAACACCGUGCUCAUCGUUCAACCGAUGGACAGGAAGUCCGCGCCCGCUUACAGCGAAGCGGCGGUGAAGGACUACAAUCGCGGCCGACAUUACUUGUCGGAUCUGGCGCGGCGGGCGGGCGUGCCGGUGUUCGACAAUGUCGAAUCGGCGAUGGCUUGCGUCGUGGCUCGGCUGCGGGCCGCGUAGUCUACGCAACCACGAAUCGUUCGUGAGAAUUGAUUCAGUAAUAUAAAAAUACAAUAACAACAACAACUAUAAAAAAAAAAAGCUACGGAAAAACUAAGCAAGUUUUCUCCGGUCUACGGUAUACGCCGCUUCGAAUCGACAAUCGUCACAUCGUAUUGCGUUGGAACUUUAUUAGUCAGUUUCGGUUUCUCCCGAGCGAAUCUCACUUGCCGUAUUAUACCUGUUACAUUAUAUAGAAAAAGUUAUAUGAGGCGAUUGAAAAAAAAAAACAACGAAUAAUCAGUUUCAUACAACACAAGGCAGCCAACGUUCUGAUAGAAAAUAUUUUAGAUAUUUUAUAUCCUUCCUUUUUAAUUAAAUGUUAUAAUAGUGUUUUUUUAAUCGGUCUGUCCGAGAAAUGUAACAUUCCGACCUCAAGGAGCGGCCUACGAUCACAAAUACUUAAAUAAAGACAUCACAAUGUUACAAACAUCAUUUUAAAACGUAGUAAUGUUUUAUUCGCGUGGAAAAGAGUCUCAUAUGAGUGUACUUAUUAAUUUCAAGACGUUUAGCUUAGUACAAAAUAAUGUCUCUCUUUUAUUUCAUCACUCUCUAUUGUAUAAAUGUAAUUGUUUUAUAGAUUGUAAAUUUAAAGUGUUGUUCUAACGAAUAAUGCACGAAAGGGAAUGUAUGUGAGAGCGCAAAGGUUGUCUCAACGAGGAUAUAACAAAUCUCUGUGAUGAAUUUGCUUAGGAAAUUUUACUGUUUAGUUACACUUCAUUAUUUUAGCGAAUAGUAAAUAGUUUGCGUACGGUACACGUCGUGUACAAUAGUUGCGUAUGCAAUUCUAGUAAUCACAACGUUCGUCCUGAAUCUUAUGAAAGGAUUCAUAAUUAUACAUAAUGUCAAAGAGCACGGAGGUCAGAUGAUUCACUAUGGACGACAUUAGUUAAUUGUUUGAAAUGUACUUACAGUGGGUCUUAUUUGCUAUUCCUCUCGACGUAGAUCAUAAUUACUGGAAGAGAUAUUUCGUGGAAACGAUUUCGGACGACACAGCCGCAUGCAUGGAUAACUUUCGUAAAGUACAAAUAUCUUGCUCACGUAGCAAUUUUAAGAUUUAGUAUAUUAAAACGCGAAAUUUUUAAGUAAUGCAAACAUUUAAUAUAAAACUUAACAACCUUAUACUCAUUUUAUUUUGUAGUUUUAAAUAAAUGAUAAUGUUACAAAAAAAAAAUUAACUUACGUACUUUCUGGCGUAAUUAAUGCUUGCGAAAAAACAAUGAUUAUAAAGUUAGCUGUUAGUAUCCACUAUUCCAAACAUAACGUAUUAGUAGAAUAUUUAGGGUGAUUCAAUACUUGACCCACUGUUACUAAAAUAUUUCAUUUUUAUAAUAUAUUGUAUUAAAUUCAGCAAAUAUUAUUUGCUAGUCACACACCCAUUUAAUUAUUAUGUUUAAGUACUUUAUAAUGUUGAUUGAUAGUACAAAUAACUAAUUUAUAGGAAAAUAUUUCAAAUAUUAAUUAUAAUUUUAUGCCAUGUACGCUUAUUUUAAAACUAAAACAUCACACGUGUAAAUAUAAAAUUUAUAAUUA